CUAUACUCAAAUCCAGCGACCAAAGCAAAGGCGAGAUAAAGUUUGAAAGAACUUGGAGUAGCCUACAGCUUCACCGAAAUGACAGCCUACCGGUGAAACGUUUUUGGGGAGAAGAGGUGGAAACGGACUAGGGACGGGAGGGAUAGAGCACGGAGGGGAGGGACCCAGUGCGCUGAUGGACUGAGAGACAGAUAGGGUUUCUAAUGCACACUAUCUCCUCACCCCUCUCCAUCUGACCGUCUCUCUCUGGCGGAUGAUGUAAUUGUUUUCUAGGAACCUUGCCUUUGCUGAAAGCAGUUAUAUUUUCCAUUUCCAAGUAUCAACUACAGCGCAUAGACUCCACGCAUCUCUCCAACGUCUCUCCGGUCUCCUGUGGGACGGGUGGCGAGGGAGGGUUCGGAGAGACGGGCGUUGAAGCUCUAGUGAGGGGUCUCAGCGGGAUAUUGCUGCAUUUCGGUGGUUCCCAACGGUGCGGUCAUGUGGCAAAGAAUUGUGAUUUGCUGCGCGCUGCUUGCGCUCUGUUCAGCAGCACCGCCCGCUCACAUCAACCGUCUGGCGCUGUUCCCUGACAAGAGCGCUUGGUGCGAGGCCAAGAACAUCACACAGAUAGUCGGACACACCGGCUGCCAGCCUCGCUCUAUCCAAAACAGGGCGUGUCUGGGGCAGUGCUUCAGCUACAGCGUCCCCAACACCUUCCCCCAGUCCACUGAGUCCCUGGUGCACUGUGACUCCUGCAUGCCUGCACAGACACAGUGGGAGGUGGUGACUUUGGAGUGCCCGGGCAGUGAGGAUGCUCCUCGUGUGGAUAAGCUGGUGGAGAGGAUCCUCCACUGCAGCUGCCAGUCCUGCAGUAAGGAGGGAGCCCAGGAGGGGGCACUGAUGCAGCUCUACCCAUCAGAGAGCGCCCAAGACCCCCCUAUCCUACCAGAGAGCCACCACAGCGGCACACACUCUCAGCAUGCUCACACACACACAGAGCCACACACACACACAUCUGAUGGAGGGUAGGUCGCUCGAUCGCCACUGACACUUCCUCUCUCUCCAUUCUUGAUUCUUCUCCCAAACCUCUCCACAAGUUGUUUCUUCUACACACAGUUACAACACUUUGAAAGUAAAACUUCACUUUACAUGAAAACUGCUUAUAAAAGCACAUGCACACAAGCUCCCUCAUGCUGUACUCUUCACAAGACAACCACAGUAUAAGUGAACACAUACAAAGACACCAGCUUAUCUACACUGUUUUUGUCAUCUAACUUCUCACUUAGGAGGACAACGAAUAUAACAAUCCUACACACACACACAUAUGCACACCCAGGCAUGCACUCUGACGCGCAACUAUAGACUUUUGAAGCUGUAGUCUUUUAUCUGUAAAUCUGUCUUGAAAAAAAUAAUUUAAAAAUCAUAGAGCUACAGUUCAAACCCUACAAAGGUUCUUGCCUUAAUUUGUGUCUAUAACCAAUUUGCAUUAGUAUCUGACCUAAUGUUAUAUGUUCCAAUUAGUGCUUCUCCUAUGAGAAUAAAUCUAUUUUUGUUCAAUCUUA